AUUUUACAUUUAAAACAUAAUGUUACUGUUAAUGUUUAUCGUUAAUCCCAUAUCCUUCUUUGUCUUCGUUCAGUCCACACCAUUGUUUCUCUCUCCACACGAAUUUUGAUUUGAAUUCAAAAUGGAAAUCACACAGAACUCUCUUUUCCCCUCUUUCCUCUAGGGUUCUUCAUAAUCGCUUACCAAAUCUUCCAUUAAAUUAUCAAGCUUCUUCUCAUCAUUGCACUCAUAACCUCCAGGUGCCGCUUUCUCUCUUCUGAUUCGAACCUCAACAUGAUCCGAUUGCACUCCAAAAGUCAAUCCACUUCGACUCUUACAGACUUUAAGGUACGAGCUUAACUGAUUCUUGUUAGGGUUUUCAAAUAUGAAUUGGCUUAAUAGAUUCUAGAAACGAAUGCGGUUUGGGAUGUUUCGAGGUUGAAGCUUUGAUUGAUUGGGAAUAAAAGAGGUUUAACAAGUUUCGGGAUUAGGGUUUUUGUGGGGGAUAUGAUUAAGCAAAUACUAAAUAAGCUUCCGAGGAAGCCAUCUUCCAAAUCCUCACACAAUAAUGAAGGAAACAACGAAACGGAUUUGGUUGCCAUGAGUUCGAGUAAAAGCAAUUCAUCAUCUUUGUCUAAAUCGAAUAAUGAAACUCGUAAUUCAACUGUUAAGUUAAAUCAUGGUAAGAAAUCAGGUACAGUUGCAGCCAUUCAAGUGGUGCAGGUAUCGGAUCAUGGUUCUUAUGAAGCGUUACCUAGUUUUCGAGUAGUAUCAAGUUCAGAGAAACACAAUUUAUUCAUCAAAAAGUUGAAUAUGUGUUGUGUAGUGUUCGAUUUCAGCGAUCCGUUGAAGAAUUCAAAAGAAAAGGAUGUGAAGAAACAGACUCUACUCGAGCUUGUUGAUUAUGUCUCAUCAGUUUCCUCAAAAUUCAACGAAGUUACAGUGCAGGAAAUCACGAAAAUGGUGUCUGCAAAUCUGUUUCGAUCUCUCCCUGAUACUACUACUCAUGAAAGCAAACUGCUAGAUGUUUACGAUCAAGAAGACGAUGAAUUCAGAAUGGAUCCAUCAUGGCCGCAUCUUCAAGUUGUGUAUGAAUUCCUUCUUAGAUUUGUGGCUUCUCCCGAAACAGAUCCUAAGCUUACAAAACAAUAUAUAGAUCAUUCCUUUGUUUUAAGAUUGCUUGAUCUCUUCGAUUCUGAAGAUCAAAGAGAACGGGAGUAUUUGAAGACAAUCAUCCACCGGAUUUACGGAAAGUUCAUGGCACAUCGUCCGUUCAUCAGGAACGCAAUCAACAACAUCUUCUACCUUUUCAUUUUUGAAUCAGAAAAACACAACGGAAUAGCCGAAUUGCUCGAGAUUUUGGGGAGUAUAAUCAACGGAUUUGCUCUGCCAUUGAAGGAAGAGCAUAAGCUUUUUCUCGCUCAUGUCUUAAUCCCCCUCCACAAGCCCCGAUGUUUAUCCACGUAUCAUCAGCAACUCUCGUAUUGUGUUGGUCAGUUCAUCGAGAAAGAUUUCAAGCUUGCAGACACGGUGAUUCGAGGAUUACUCAAGUAUUGGCCAGUGACCAAUAGUUCAAAAGAAGUCAUUUAUCUUAGCGAAUUGGAGGAGAUUCUAGAAGCCACCAAGUCGGCAGAGUUUGAACGGUGCAUGGUUCCUUUAUUCCGGCAGAUCGGCCACUGCCUUAAUAGCUCUCAUUUCCAGGUGGCAGAGCGUGCGUUGUUCAUGUGGAACAACGAGCAUAUAAGGAAUCUAAUAAGUCAAAAUCGGAAAGUGAUUUUGCCGAUUAUCUUUCCGGCAUUAGAGAAAAACACACGGUGUCACUGGAAUCAAGCCGUUCAAAGUCUGACUGUAAAUGUCAGGAAACUAUUUUCCGACGCCGAUCAGACACUGUUCGAGGAGUGCCAGGUCAGGUAUCGGGAAGAUGAAACGAAGGAGAAAGAGAGCGUCGCAAAGCGACAGUCAAACUGGAGCCGCCUGGAUGCCAUAGCCGCCGCUAAAGGUUUGACCGGCGAUCAUUUAGUCGUCUCAAGGUUUACCUCUUCUCUCACCAUCACCGCCACCACUGCAACCACCGUGAAAUGAUGAGGUGGUGGCAGUUGAAUUGUCUAUCACUUAUCGAUCGAAAUCAUUGGUCUAAGGUUGACCAGAUAUGCACAAGAAUCGAAGAAGGU